CUAACAACAAGUCAACAAAAUAAGAAGUUUGUCUCGACACCAAAAAAUUAAGAUCGAUCGAGCAACGCCACGGUAUGGCGGGAAGCAGCUCCAGAAAAACUCCCGAACAAAAUAGAAGCGUCGUCAUAGGAAAAACAAUUCAGAAAGAAGGUGGUGUAAACCCUGAAGUGAGUUUCUCUUUCGAAAUCAACUCGAAACCAGCAGGGCGUUUCACGGUGCAACUAUUCAACAUCAACAAACAUUUCAUGGAAUUGGUCGAAAAAGGAAAAUACAAGGGCUCUAGUAUUAAAAAGAAAGGUGAUAAGGAUAAGAUUUAUGGAGUCAGGUUCAACGUCAAAGACGUAGAUAACAUCAAGUCGAGGAGGAUAUUAUCUAGCCACGAGGGUGAAUCGGGUGUGGGUGGUGGUGUCGUGUUCAUGACCAACGAGUCGUCGAUCAUCAUAAGCUCCUCCAGAAACGGGUCGAUUAAGUUGGGUGAGGAACAUGAGGCUGUUGGGCGUAUCAUUAGAGAUUAUAAUAGUAUCCAACAAAUUAUCGAGGUGCUUGAUUCUAAGCAACCUAAAUCAGUGACAAUUAGGGAUUGUUUUAAACUUAGUAAGGGUUGAUAUAUGAUAAUUAACGUCAAUUUGAUCAUGCACUCUUUAUUUGGUGGAUAUCCUUAUAUAUAUAUAUGUACGUACGUGUACCUACGUUGGAUGUAUACGAUGCAUGCUUUGUUUUAUGGUUAUUGAGUUAUGUCAACUUUUACCAGCUCUAAUAAAAACACUAGAGAAUAAAGAUUUAUUAUAGUAAUUUAGUUACAACUGUAAUAAUACAUUUUUUUUUUGGGUGCGAAUGAGCCACAAGGGCAAUAUAAAUUACAAAUGGGGGCGGGAGAUUCGAACCUGAGACCUAUUGUACACAGGCCCUCAGUCUUAACCACUAGGCCAAGACAUC